CCGCAUUACUUAACAUUGUGCGUUUCGGCUGGGGUCGUUUUGAGAUGCAAGUUGUUAUAAGUAACACCGGAUUACCCUUUGGAACUCACUGUUACAUUAUGUGAUGAGCUUUAAAUCUUAUCGAUUUCUAAUAUAAAUGUCUGAAAUUGCAACACAUCGAACACCAAUUAGCAUCUUGCAAGAGGUGUGUGUGAAGAAAGGAAUAACUCCUAUCUAUGAACUUGUAUCAAGUGAAGGACCGAUUCAUGAUCCACUCUAUGUAUUCUUAUGUACAGCUGGUCCUUUCAGUGCCACCUCUAAAGGAGCAAGUAAGAAGAGAGCCAAACAUCAAGCAUCAUACUUGAUUUUGCUUAAGAUGCUGAACAGUCGGCUGUUGACAGAGUCGGAAAAAUAUGCUCUGCGGGAUGUACAUAUUGCCGCGGUCAACGUUUUAGGAUCUGACUUUAUGGAUUCGCUUGAUGAUGCAGAACUUGACGGUCUACCAAAUAAAAUUAAGCAGGAAGAGGAAGGUAACUUCGUCGGACGACUACAAGAAUUGUGUCAAAAAAAUGCAUGGCCUCCACCAUCCUAUGAAUUCUUAACUACACCACAGUCUGUUCCAUCAGGUAAUGAAUACAGUUGCAAAAUCAGGCUGUGGAAAUGGACUCACACAGGUUUUGGAAAUUCUAAAAAAUCUGCAAAACGGCGUGCAGCCCUUGGACUUCUAGAAAAUAUUAUCAAAAAUAACCUGACCAUACCUCAAGAGGCUUUGGAUGAUAUGGAAGAAGAAACCCUUUCUUUGCUUGACAAAAGGGACCAGCCUAAUCAAAAGGAAAAUAAAUUAGAAAAUGAAGCAACUGCUCGUAUUUCUUCUAAAGCUCUUCGUGGUUUAUGGAACGGAAAAGGUGGAAAAUUACAUGUCCCACCUAUUGACGAUCGUGAUAAGAUGAAUAAUCCAUGUGAAUAUCUCCAGGAAAUUUGUGAAUCUGCAAAAAUCACUGUUGUAUAUUCAUACUUUCCUGCAAACAGUCAAGGGAUGAUCUACUGCUUUGCUGAACUUUCUACACUACCACCGCAUGUAAUCAAGAGCCAAUUAUCAUCAAAUUUGGAAAAUGCACGUAAAGAUGCUGCUCGCAGAUGUAUACUAUUUUUAAAGGCUAUGUCAUCUACAACACCUUGCCUUAACUACAGUCAAUGGUUUGCUGCUUCCCAUGAUAAUAAUGAUUUGCAAUAGAUUUAAGUAAUUGCUUUUACAUAUAUACAUACGUCUGUUACAUGCAUUUACUUUUCUUGGUUUUAAUAUUGUUCAUGAGUAUCAGAAUCAAAAGGAUUUAGAGGGAUGGAAAUGAGUGUAUCUCACGUUGUAGAAACAUAUGAUGAUCCUUAAGGUUUACUCCAACGUUUUUCUGCAUUUGCAUAACUAUGUAUGCUACAAACAUAAUGUGAUCUUUAAAUAUUGUUUCAUAAUGUAGCUCGACAAUCCAAAAAGCGAAACAAAAAUGCUAGCGAAUAUAUAUUUG